AUGUGUAAAAUACUGGAACACUUCCGAGAAGUCUUCACCACCUACACCACGGAUGAAAAACAGAGACAUAUAGUAGACAGGACUCUAAACGAAGUAAAAAAAGAUCUAAAUUCCAUGACUGAGCUCAUCGACCGUCUUAUAAAGGAGAAUCAAGUAUUAUCCCAGCAAAUGCAAUCCGCACAGUCGAAAUCGAACCAUCUCCGGGAGGAACUUGAUGCCGGAAGGGAACGGAACGUACAACACCCAAAAGUAACCUGUGCUGACGAUACGGCCUUCGAAACUCAAUUUAAAAUGGAAUCAUUGAGUGUGGAUCAAUCUAAAGACCGGCGGAUCACGGAACUGGAAGAAGAAGUUGCCAAGGUGAAGCGUACUGUCCAGCAGCUAUCCGAACUGGUUGGCACACAAAAGUCUCGUCCAGUCUCAGCGCAGCAGGCUCCUAGAAGUCCCGAAAACCGCAAGAAUGGCAAGAAACCGAUCCUUGAACUGACUGCAAUGGACACUAGCCAGUUUUUGACGCGCCAACCUAAAGAGAUUCCGGCCGAGGAUUUCGUCAUUAUCGCCGAUGAUGUUGAACUAACAGAAAUCGGUAAUAACCUUAUUCUUCUGAAGAAAAUUUUGAAUCAGGACUAUGGCCGUGUCGUUGGCCGAAGGCGUCAAAAUGUGGAGCGUCUGGAACAGGAAUACGGCGUGAAAAUACAUUUUUUCGAUGUUAGGCCAGAGAAGUUAAAAAUAAUCAUAUCGGAAGGAGAUGCGGACAGUCGUCGUGUGGCCUCCAACGACAUCACCGAGAAGUUGAAGGUGGUUGUCGAGUGUCCCAACCUGAAAAUCGACAGUACAGCAUUGCAAAUGCCACUUUUGAUUGCGAUGUCACCAUCCAACCUGCAGCCGCCCCCACCUCCUCCCCAACAACUUCAGCAGCAGCAGCAGCAACAACAGGAAACGCAAAACCCCAUGACGUCGUCAGUCUUCUCAAAGGAUCUCGGAGGCAGCGGCAGACCGUUGACGGGCAGCAGCAGCCCUCGAGAUCCAUCGCUGCCCUGGUUCUCCGGCAUCGUCUCGCACGAAGAUCCGACCCGUGGUGGAUCCGACCCGCUGCCGAUUCCUCCUCCAGUUUUGAGCACUGGCCACUCGUCGCCAACAGAUCCUGACGGAUCCAACGCUCAGUCACGAGGAUCGCUUCCGCCAUACCAACAACUUGGCCCUGGCCCAUCCCAAUCUGUUGAAAAGCAACACGACGACGAGCGUGUCUAUAGUCAGAACCGCAUCAGCAACAUGUCGCAGAGCCAGAAGCCGGCCACCAUCGUCCCACCACAAUCUCAGCCGCCUGGAACAUUUGGUGUUGACGCUCCACUGCUCCUCUGCGGCGACCAGAGUCCCAGCUGGACGCGCGAGGACAUACUCAACUACUCGGAGACGAAGCUGGGCUACACCCGUGACAGCCCGGGCUUCCAACGCUUCAUCAACGUGCUGUCGGGCAUGAACGCCGAGGACCGCAAGACCUUCCUCCAGUUAUGCGUGGUGAUGCCCACACGAGCUUUCCAUCAACUUCCCCGCGAAGAACAGUCGGCCAAAGAGAAGCAGCGUUUGUCCGAAUACUGCCGCUAA